AUUCAUAUCAGAAAAGUCCGAUUUGUUGCCAAUCUAAGCUUGCGAAAUUCCUUGCUAUUGAAUCUUCAAGGUAGUGACAAAUCAUAUUUCUUUAAGAAUUUAAAGAUGUUUUUUUCGUAGCGAUUCAAAAGGUUGCUUUCAGUCAACAGAGUACUGAGACAGCCCAGAAGGAUCAUCUGUAUGUAAACUGUUUUGUAUUGUGUGGAAAUAUGAACGUACAGUAAUGGGAGAUGAUAGGGCUAUCCUUCGUGAUGUCUGGGAGGGCAAAAUACCAGUGUGCUUUCAUCUAGCCCAAGAUGAAGUCAUUGCUGAACAGCCUGAACCUGUUUAUCAAAUGGUACCAAGACAUAGUUACUUGCCAAUGGUGACAGAGAAAAUAUCUAAACAUUUUGCACAAUAUGUGGAUAAGGAAAAAACUGGAGAGAUGUGGAUAGACUUUGAGGGACAACCUUUAAAAUGGCACAAUCCUGUUGGCGUUCUUUAUGAUCUGUAUGGCAUUUCGUUACCAUGGAAACUGACAGUGCAUUUUCAGGAUUUUCCGGAAGAAGAGAUUAUUCAUUGUGUCGGGAGAGAAGCCGUUGAGUCACAUUUUAUGUCAAUGCUGAAAGAGGCAGAUGCAUUAAAACACCGGAGUAGUGUUAUAAAUGGCAUGCAGAAAAAAGAUCAUAAACAGAUGUGGAUGGGACUUGUCCAUGACAAAUUUGAUCAGUUUUGGCCCAUCAAUAAGAGACUCAUGGAGAAUACAGGAGAUGACAUGUUUAGAUACAUUCCAUUUAGAAUCUACCAAAUAGAUAGACCAUUUAUACAACAAUUGUUGAAACCCCACUCAGAAGAGGGACAUGAGCAUACUUUAGAAGAUCUCCUUAAAUUAGCGCUACCAGAUUUAGGGGAAAGCAAAGACCAAAAAAUUUUAAUCCAGGGCAUAGAAGUACCUUUAGACACUCCAUUAUUGUGGUUGUCAGAACAUUUUAGUUAUCCUGAUAAUUUUCUACAUAUAUGUGUAUCCACUGUGCGAUCGCAGGACACUUCACGAGAGUGGUGAUCAUGUAGUAUAUAAACUAGUGCAAUAUGUGUGAACAGAUGGGUAAAUGGAUGGUGAACAUGAUGUUUUCAAUCUUGAUUUUUGGUAAAUAAGGGUCAUUUCUUACAGCUUGUUUAAUCACAACAUUAAGGAAAUGAUCAUUCCACUUCAUAAAAAUUGAGGUUUUUUUAUGCCCUCCAUUUGGGCUUAUAGAUUUGGUUGUCAUGCUGUUUGUCAGUAGACUGACAAUACAGUGGAAUGUGGGGGACAUCCAUGUCCUAGGCUAUAGACAUAUUUCUAGUUUUUAUCUAGAAUAUCAUGCAUUUUGGUCAAUAAGGGUUAUUUUGCAUUAUAGUUAAUUAAAAUAGCAUGAAGUACUGGAUUUAUCAAUUCAGUCACUUUAGGGAAAUGAUUAUCUGCUGUAAUAGAGUAAGGUUAUUGUAACAUAAAUUUAUCUGCAAAACUUGCAUUUGAGUUUACAGUUAAACUUUGUUCAUUUGAACUCAGAUCUCUGGAAUACCUCUUUUCGCCCGAACUCACCAACCAGCCCUGGCAAAAUUCCUUUACUAUAUAUAUUGUUCUGCCGAACAUCGAUCACUUGAAUAAAUUUGCACAGGCCUUCCCAUGUUUGAGUAAACAAAGUUUAACUGUAUUUUGUAAGUCUAUGAUUAACAUACAUGUAAUGUGAGGAAGUGUCAAGAGUGAAAUAUUUUAAAGGCUCCAUGUUAUAUAUUCAUCCAUCAUGUAUAAUUGCUCAAUCAUUCAGUGUAACUUGCAGAUAUACAUAACUAAGAUCUGUGUUAGGUGAACAUUUUUUGUCUCAUUGUGGGUGAAUUUUUUCUCUUGAAGAAUUUUUUUUAACUUUUUGCCAUUUUUCAGGACAAAUUUGUUUAUAAUCUAUGUAAGAUAUAAUUAAUUAUCUUAAGAUAGUAAUGUGAUAUUUUAUUCUAAGCCUUCAACUUAAUAAAGUCAAAUUUUAGUUGCAAAAAAAAAACAACACCAACAAAAACAGCCAAAAUAUAUAUAUGUCAAUUUUAAUUACAUUUUAUUUUGCAAAAUUACAAUAAAUGAGCAUACAAGUCAUGUGAUAUAGGCAAACUGCAUCUCAGUACCACUGGAAUUUUUAGAAGAUUUUCUACAGAAUAUUACUGAUAAUAAUGGGGAGAAGACUAGUCUGACUAGGCUGUGUUAGUAGCUAAAAUUUUAUGUUUUGAUAUUGAAACCCCUUAAACUUUGAAUGGAUUGCUCCAAAGUCAAAGCUGGGCAAAUUCAAUUACAGAAAUUCAACAGGUUAUGGUAAAAUUAAUGGCAAGAUGAAUUAAGUUAAACAUUGUAUAUAUGUUUAAAGAUAUACUAUGCUUAAACUUGAUAUUAAAAAAUAUUGAUAUUAAUUGCUACACAGUCUCUUUAUGCCCCCGCCAUAAAAUGGCUGGGGCAUAUAGUGUUACCCUGUACCGUCAUUCCGUCAUCAUCAGUUUCUGUUCAUUAUCUUAGUAACGGUUGCACACAUUCAACUCAAAAUUGACAUAUGAAUAUAUCAUAGGAAUAUACAGGUCAAGUUCGAAUUUGGUCAUGGUCCGAUGAUUUUUGGCAGAGUAAUGCCCCUUUAACUUUGAAAAAAAAAAGGAAAUUUACAAUUUCUGUUCAUUAUCUCCCUAACAGUUGUACAUAUUUAACUCAAAUUUAAGAUAUGGGUAUGUCAUAAGAAUACACUUGUCAAGUUCGAAUUUGGUCAUGGUUUGAUGAUAGCUGACAGAGUUAUCCUCAUGAACUUUGCAAAAAGUCAGAAAUUUUUAGCUUCUGUUCAUUAUCUCCCCAAUGGUUGUACACAUUCAACUCAAAUUUGACGUAUAGAUACGUCUUAGGAAUAAGCAGUUCAAGUUUGAAUUUGGUCAUGGUUCAAUGAUUUUGGACAAAGUUAUCUCCCUUGAAUGUUGGAAAAAUUUUGAAUUUUCAGUUUCAGCACUCAUACUUUUGUGGAAAUGUAUGUAGUCAUUAUUUUGGCUACAGAUAUGCAAUAUGCAAUUUACAAAAAGUUAACACUGGAUAGUGUCAGUUCCUUGAACUUUGUAUAAAAAAAUAAAAAUGGUUUGUGUUAACAUAUAAUAGUUUUAAGGGCUUAAUUUUGAACUUAAAAGAAAAAAAAACAGUUUUCAAAACAAAUUUGGAACUUAAUAUUAUAAUAUCUGAAAUGUGGGUGCAUGCUGGGGCAUCCGUGGCAUGAAGACACAUUUCUAGUUUUAAAAAUAAAAUAAAUAUGUUUUGACUUCGUUUAAAACUAUAUAAGCUAUAGGUGGUCACAAUAUGAAUAUAUAGUGUCAUUAAAAGAAAGCAGUUUAUUUUUUAGGAAGGACAAACUUUACUUGUCUCGUAAUAGGCAACGCAGCUUCCCAUACAUAGUUUAUUCAUAAUUUUUUAUUCAAAAUAGACAUAUUCAGUAAGAAUUUUAUAGAUUUCAAUAAAUUUCUGCUAAUAUAUUCCACUCAAGGAUGAGCAUAGUAUAUCUUUAAAACAAAAACUUUGUGCUAUAUUGAAUGAUUAUAAAUUAUGUUUAAUAUGUAUUUAACCAGAUAUUUGUGCCUCACUUGAUGUUGACAUUUUAAAACAGUAAUAUUUACUGUUUUAUAUGAUACUUUGCAACAAGUUAUAAUAAAUCUGAUUUAUUUAAGAAAUAUGGAUUAUAACCGAAUUAAUUGCCUAAUUUUACCUGUUUUGUUGUUUUGUAGCAUAGGAAUUGACAAUAAAAUAUUUUAAACCUUCUCAUUUAAAUUAAAGUGUAUAAUAUGCUAUAUUUCUGCUGUCUGUAGCUUGCAAAAAAAAAAUUAUUUCGUUUUUGAAAAAUAAUAAUUAAAAAAUACCUGCAUGAAAGAAAUAUGUUUUAAAUUUUCAUUAAGAGCAAAUGGUGCAUGCACAAAACUGUUGCUAAACAGUAAAAUCCUCAAAAAAAAUACAGCAUAAUGCAUGUAUUUUGUUACAUAACAUUUUAUUCUGUUUACAUGCAAUAUUCAUGUUUGUUAAAUAACAGAGACAUUCUAUGAAACAAAUCUUUCGAGAAUCAACCAUUCAAUUAUGGAAACAAUACAAAAUUGCUUUUCUUGAUAUUUAUUAAGAUAUUUUAUGAGAUAUAGCUUUAUAAUACCCUUUAACAGUACAAAGCAUAAUAAAAUAUGCUUAUGUGUAAGGUUUCAUUGACAGUGUAUUAGAUAUAUGUAUUAUAUGAAUCUUAUAAUUUUUACAAUGCCAGUAAUUCUAAAUUUUAGGUUGACAUAUUUAAUAACAGGCUAUUAAAGCAUCCUAAUUUUUGUAAUACAUGUUUAUCGAAAACUUCUACUCUUGCUUGAACUGUAAAUAUAGGAUGAGCAUUUUUGAGCGACAUUUUUACUCUUUGUUAGUACUGUAUUGAUAUAUUAAUAUAUUACCUUAACCUGCUGAACUUGUCUAAUGGAUUUGCCCAGCUUUGAAUUUGGAAUGGUCCAUUUGAAGUUUAUGGGAUUUCAAUAUGGAAGUUUAAAAAUUGAGGUACUUACUGUGUUGAACCAGCCAAGACUGCAAGGGGUGUGCGGUCUGGCCCAGCUGUAUACAGGCGGCAAAGUCUUUAACAGUUCCAGCUGGUUAAGGGUUAAGAAAUUAUAGUGAGUAACUUACGUAUUAUUUAAUGGCCAACAGCUUGGCAAUGAGCAAUUAGCCAAUAGAAUGCUGACACCAUUUAUUUAUAAAUCCUAGACAAUGUUCAAGAAUAAAAGAUACUAGUACUACAUUCAUUUGAAUAUUGAAUUUUUGGAGUCUUAAAUACUUUACAAAUAUCUAUAAAUUAUAGAAUCACUAUGAUUUAUUAGAAUUGUAAUUGUGAAAAAUGAACCAAAACUGAAAACAUCAGGCUAAGAAUAACACAAAAGUACAAUUUUCAGUUUUUUUCUGACAAUAUUUUUUUUAAUUUUCUUUUACAUAUCUUUCUGUUUCAUGUGGCCCAGUUGUACUUUGUAAGAAAUUCAAAUUUCAUGUUUUAGGCUUUUGGACCUCAGCAGCUUUCCUUUAAUAAAAUCGAAUUAAUGUGCACUACUUUUGACAAGGUGAAAUAUUUCUGAGGCUGGCAGUCCUUAAACAAUUUGAUUUUCCUUUUACAUUAUGAAAGUAUGCAAGUGUAAAAAGCUGCCAUGUGUUAAUUUAGAAUAUUUCAUGUUAUAAUUGUUAUGUAAAUUAUAUUGAUUGUUUUGAUAUAUUAUAGAGAUUAAAUGAUUCUUGUAAAUGAUUCUUGAAUAAUGACUAAUAAACUAUAAAUAGAAACAAGA